UUUAUCUUUAUCUUCAGGAGGAAAUAGCGAGGGUCGUGUCUGAGACUCUUUCCCAGGUUACAUUUCCGCCCUGGACUCCGAUGCCUCUUCUCUGAACAUUGGUUUCCUCUCUUCGUUCUGUCCCUCAAGGUUAAUCCUCGCGCCCAUUGCUCCGUCUUAGAAUCCUCUUCCUCGGGGGCCCUAAAACAAAGGCAUUCAAACAACCGAAGCCUUGCCGGGAGAUUCAAAAGCAGCAGAAAAGAUGACGACGGAAUUGGUCUCCACGUCUUACGAGCUGGUGGAUUCCAUCCGCCCGAAAAAGGCUAUCCGAGCUCCCUUAAGGAUCUUGGAUCCCGCUCGGUCGAAGCUGAGCACCGUCGAGACCAAGAGGAUCAUAUCCGUCUUGGAUGAAACCAUCUUCAAGAUAGAACUGGUCAGUGUCUUCUCCCACGUCAUCGAGAACCUCGAUGAGUUUAAGCCCUUCUUGGGUCCUGACCUCACGGGAGCCUUCCGAGAACAUCUCCGGCUCUCAAACAUCCUGGAAUGUAUGCUGUCCCACCCGGAAGAAGAAAAUAUGCUCUAUAUAGGCUCCGGGAAGGGAACUUUCUUUGGCCUGGUGGAUCCCGAUGGCCAUCUCACGCUGCAUGUUCAAGGCCUUAAAAGCUCGGUCCGAAAUAUCCUACGCCUGCUUUACACCAACACUGGCGCUUGCCAAGCUCUGAGAGAGGUGUUUUACACCAGGGACCCGUCCGUCCACAAAUUUAUUCAUUGCUUGUCCAAGCAGAGGGGCUUCCUCUUCGAGCAGCUCCUCACCACCCCUCUAGAAGAAAAGGAGAAACAUCGGUUUUUGUACGAAGUCUUCCAGAGAGACAAGAAAAACACGGAGACCGCGGCAGCUCUGGAAGACGAACUUACUGCAGCCGUGCAGAAUAGGGAUGAGGAGAUUUCCAAGAAGAACGCUGUCAUCAAAGACCUGAAAACCCACUUGUACAACCUGGCCAAGUUCUCCGAAAGCCAAAUCCAGCACACGCGGGCGGAAGCCGAGAAGCAGCACAAAACGGAGGUGCGCACUUCCCAGGCGAAAUGCGCCAAGCUGCAACAGGAGCUGCAGCAGCUGCGGGCUCAGUUCAACGCCCUGGUGGCUGAAGACCGAGAGGUGGAACUCAACCAUCGGAAGAAAAAAUACAAGGUGGAAAUGGAGAUAGAAAACUGGGUCCAAAAAUACGAUAUCGAAAUGAUUGAAAAGCAGGAGGAAAUCGAUGAGAUCGAUGAAGUCUACGUGGUCGAGAAGGAGGACUUGGCCCACCUGCGGGAGAGAUACACCCGGCUGGACGAGGAAUACUGCCAGAUCGUGGAGGAGAGGAAGGUGAAGCAGGAACAGAAAGACAAAGCAGAGAAGGAGCUGGCCAUCCUGGCCCGCGCUGCGACUCUCAUCCAGGCCGUCUGGAAGGGCUACUUAGUGAGGUCGUUGUUACGGAGCAAAAGGAAGAAGAAGGGGAAGGGGAAGAAGGGCAGGAAAUAAGCGUUGGUCAACGCCUGGCCGUUCUCUUCUUUUGGGGAUGGGAUGCCCUGGGCAGCUUCGGAGAGGGAUGGGGGAACCCUUGGAAGGUUCUAGGACACCCUUUAAUAAAGUUGAUCCUUUAAAAAGAUGGGGGACCUGUCAAAAUCAUUUCCCCCCCCCCAACCCCAAAUCUCUCUUAUCUUGAAUUGAAAGGGGAGAAACAUCGCAGAGAACAGAGGUCCUUGGUGCUCUCUGAGCUUGGCUGUUUUACAGACAUUUCAUUAGGUAACAUCA